CCCCCAUGCUCACUGGGUGAUAUCUGAAAUAAGACCGGCCUAUUGCGCUUUUGGAUUGGCCAAAGAGGGAACUUCCGGUAACACACUUCCGUUCCUUUCUGCUGGAGACAGCGCUCCGCCGGGGGUCGGUGAAGUAUCCAAGAUGGCUGGGCGCAAACUUGCUCUAAAAACCAUCGAUUGGGUAUCUUUUGUGGAGAUCAUGCCCCAAAACCAGAAGGCAAUUGGAAACGCUCUGAAGUCCUGGAAUGAGACCUUCCACACCAGGUUGGCUAGUCUGUCUGAGAAACCACCAGCGAUUGACUGGGCUUACUACAGGGCCAAUGUGGACAAGCCUGGCUUGGUGGAUGAUUUUAAAAACAAGGUGAAGAACUGUGCCCAGUUCGUGACUGGAUCUCAGGCUAGGGUCCGGGAAUAUGAGAAGCAGCUGGAGAAAAUAAAGAACAUGAUUCCCUUUGACCAGAUGACGAUUGAUGACUUGAAUGAGGUCUUCCCUGAAACCAAGCUGGACAAGAGGAAGUACCCAUACUGGCCCCAUCAGCCCAUCGAGAACCUGUGAAGCAGCCCAGGAGGGAGCCCUGGCUGACUUGAAAUAAAACAUUUACAUAGUC